UGUUGUUGCUGUUGCUCUGGUGGUAAAAUGGCGCAGAGUAUGAGUGGAAGUGGGAGAGGAACAACUCACGUUAGUUUCGUUUGUCAGCGAUGUUACCAGCCAUUAAGACUCGAUCAUUCUUUCAGUAACUUUGAUGCAGAAACUCUAAAAGAACUAACUGCUCCACUGCCUUCAUCUGCUGAUGAGUCAAAAGGAGAGGAAGUGGAAGACACUAAAAAACAAUGUGAGGGCAAGGUUGAGAAAUUUGUGGAAAGCCCAAAUGUCCUUGUGAGACACAUUCCAUUAAUAAGGCCAAAUUCAGUUGAUGGUAAUGACUUUACUCUUCUUGGAGAGGCAACAGGUGCUACAAAAAUGGAUAAUUUAAGCCACAAGCUUAAAGUAUCUGCUAGGCUAUUUGACAUAAUGUCUGGCCAAUCAGAGGUUGAUCACCCUCUGUGUGAGGAUUGUACUGAUGCCCUGCUUAGUAUGUUAGAUGAGCAGCUGCACAUGGCUGAGAAGGAACUGCAUGAUUAUAAGCAUUUUCUAGAAGAUAUGGACAACUUCCAGGACAAGGAAGAGGAUGAAAAGGAAUUAGAUCAAGAACUUGCUAGACUGCGCAUUGGAGAGGAAAAAUUACUUAAGGAACUUGAGGCAGUUGAAAAUGAGAGAGAGAAAAUAAGAAUUGAAAAUGAAAAACUCGAUAAAGCAGAGCAAAACCUUAAAACAGAGGAGGAUAAAUACUGGAGGGAUUACUGCCUGCACAAGAAAGCAUUGUCAGAGUUCCAGGAUGAACAAAUGAGCGUGAGCAACCAGCUUCAAUAUGCCCAAUCGCAACUGGACAAACUGAGGAAAACAAAUGUUUUUAAUAGCACCUUCCACAUAUGGCAUAAGGGACAUUUUGGGACAAUCAAUGGCUUCAGGCUUGGACGUCUUCCGAGUGUGCCGGUUGAAUGGACCGAAAUUAACGCAGCUUGGGGACAAACUGUUCUCCUGUUGCAUUCUCUGUCGAAGAAAAUCGGAUUAACAUUCAAAAGGUAUCGAUUAGUUCCAUACGGCAAUCAUUCUUACAUCGAAUGCCUGGAAGAGAAAAUGAAAGAGCUUCCACUAUACGGUUCUGGCGGAUUCAGGUUUUUCUGGGACACAAAAUUUGAUCAAGCUAUGGUCGCCUUCCUGGACUGCCUACAACAGUUCAAAGAAGAGGUAGAAAGAGGUGAUUCGGGUUUCUAUCUGCCUUACAGAAUGGAAAAGGGUAAAAUUUUCGAUUCAAGAGCUACAGGAUCAUACUCGAUUCGAAUUCAAUUUAAUUCGGAGGAGCACUGGACGAAAGCUUUGAAAUUCAUGCUAACAAAUCUUAAGUGGGGGCUGGCUUGGGUCUCGUCGCAGUUUGCGGACAAGUCAUGAAAAUUAACGCUACAUCAAUCAAAUGGGAUUUAGCAUAAAUAAUCAGCUUUCAAUGUAAAUAGUAAAAUUGAUAUUUUGUAGCAAUAGAAGUUGAAUUGUAUAAAAAUCAAAGUUUGUGUAA